AUGGACCUCCUGAGGCUCGCCCGCCUCUUCUCCAGCCCCUGCCCCGUGGGGCUGCCCGUCCUCCAGCGCCUCUGCACACACAGAGCCAGGUGGGCAGGCGGCAGAGAGGGGCCAGCCAGCCUGCGGAAUGGGGGACUGGCUCGGCCGGCAGUGGCAGCGGCUUCCAGCAGUGCGCUUUCUCAGCUGCCCCCUGACACAGGGAACCAGAAGACCCUCAGCCCAGGCCUGAGCCCACCCAGCCCCACGUCUCCACUAGACCAACAGGAGACGGAGGAGGAGAGCUUCGGGAACCUCUCCAACAAAUACUCCUCCCGGAAAGUGUUCCGGAAAUCGACGGCCCAGUUCUAUGACCUGCGGCUCAGGGAAGAGGGCGUGGAACAAGAGCUGGACCUCGAGCCACAGCCCAGACCAUGGCGGGGCCCCAGAAACACCCCAUACUGGUACUUCCUCCAGUGUAAGCGCCUCAUCCGGGAGGGCCAGCUGGCCGAGGCCCUGGACCUGUUCGAGAGGCAGAUGCUCAAGGAGGAACGCCUGCAGCCGCUGGAAUACAACUACACGGUGCUGAUCGGGGGCUGCGGGCGGGCCGGCUACCUGAAGAAGGCCUUCAGGCUCUACAACGACAUGAAGAAGCGGGACCUGGAGCCCUCGGACGCCACCUACACAGCCCUGUUCAAUGCCUGCGCGGAGUCGCCCUGGAAGGACUCUGCCCUGCAAAGCGCCCUGAAGCUCCGGCAGCAGCUCCAGGCCAGGAGCUUCCAGCUCAACCUGAAAACCUACCACUCCCUGCUGAAGGUGGCUGCCCUGUGCGCCGACCUCAGGAUGUGCCUGGACGUGCUCAAGGAAAUCAUCCAGAAAGGUCAUGCGAUCACAGAAGAGACUUUCAGCUUCCUGCUCAUGGGCUGCAUCCAGGACAAGAAGACAGGCUUCCGGUGUGCCCUGCAGGGCUUCCUGGGUCAGAUGGCGGAGCACGAGGUACAGCCUGACAUCAAGACCCUGACGCUGCUGGCCGAGGUGGUGGAGUCCGGCAGCCCGGACGAGUCCUCGCUGCUGGCCACCCUGGAUGCGCACCACGUGGAGGCGGACGUGACCUUCUUCAACACGCUGAUGAGGAAGAAGAGCAAGCUGGGAGACCUGGAGGGGGCGAAGGCUCUUUUGCCGGUCUUGGCCAAGAGAGGCCUCAUCCCCAACCUGCAGACCUUCUGUAAUUUGGCCAUCGGGUGCCGGCAGGCGGCAGACGGCCUGCAGCUGCUGUCUGACAUGCGGAGGUCCCAGAUGACGCCCAACACGCACAUCUACAGCGCCCUCAUCCACGCGGCCGUCAAGCGGCUCAACUACACCUACCUCAUCCACAUCCUGAAGGACAUGCGGCGCCACAGCGUCCCCGUCAACGAGGUGGUCAUCCGCCAGCUGGAGUUCGCUGCCCAGUACCCACCCACCUUCGACCGGUACAAAGAGAAGAACCCCUACCUGGAGAAGAUUGAUGGCUUCCGAGCGUACUACAAGCAGUGGCUUAAAGGCAUGCCAGCCGAGGAGACCCCCCACCCCUGGGAGAAGUUCAAGACCAAGGCCAAGGGGGACCAGGGGUCUGCGGCAGAGACAUAG